CGCUCAGAGGUAUCUUCGUGCCAGGAAGAGAUCUUCCUGAAGUGACUCAGCUGAAAUUGACCGAUAUGGACAAAGAUUCCAUUACUGUUUCCUGGCAAAGACCAGAGGGCUGCUUUGACGGCUACAUUGUGGAAGUCGCUGAAGAAAACAGCGGAAGCAGUGGUGGUGGAGGCCUCAGUGCGGGCUCCUGUGCAGGUGGUAUCACUGUUGACGCGCAUCGCACUAGCGUCACGUGCAGGAAAAUAGAAGCAUGCAGCGUGAAAAUCACCGUACGUACCGAGAGAAAAGGACAACUGAAGCUUACUUCAUCUGGUGUCUCUCUGCACGACAUCGUCAUGUACGAAAAAGAUAUGCCAGAGGUGCGUCCUACAUUAGAAGUGGCUAAAAACAAAUUUGUACUGCGCUGGAACCGGCCAGCUGGCUGCUUCGACAAGUACAAUCUCGAGGUCGCCUACCAAUAUUAG